CCGCGACCAUUCUGCAUUCUUGGAACCGCGAAGGAACCGAAGAGGCUGUCGAGCGCACUCAUUACAGCUGAACAUUUCCGAUGGAGGAUCCAAGCUAUAUAGCUGGCUUUUCGCCGCCUGAAGAGGAAGACGUCAGCUUUCAUGAAACUCAAGAAUGGAGCGCACCUGGACGGAACGUCGGCCGAAGGCUCGGUAAGCAGCGCGGCAAGCGUGGUAAAAAAGAUAAACGACGAGACCGACGCUCUAAACGAGAGAAACAACGUAAACAGCGAAAAGCACCAGAAGAGAGCCGAUCGAAGACUCCAAGUACUGCGGAAGAAUCUCAGGAACAAGUGAAGCUCCCAGCACCGGACAAAGGUGAAACUGUGGCACCUCCACAAGAACCAUCGUUUGACGGAGACGUCGAAGGACUCUGCUUUGCUGUAGGAGACGACCUGUCCGAUGCUUUUGAUACUUUAACACUUCACGAGCGGGAGCUCGUUUCCACAGGAAGUGGUAUUUUCCGAGCUCUUCCCCGGCAAUAUUCCCUCACCAGCUAUGGAUCAAAACUUUGUUGCUGCACACAGUGCUGUGGGCUGUGCUGCGAUGACGCUGAGCAUCGUCAUAAAUUGGCCAAUGGGAUGCGUGGAGGAAAAGACAAAGAGACCGAGGUAAACGAAGAGGAUCCCGUCCUGUUAGGUACUAGGGAGAUAAGGCGAAAAGAAGCGAGGAAGGGCAUGACUGCUGACAUGGACACAGAAUCACUCUUGUCCUUCAUGGGUUCAAAAACAAGUGCCGAUGAAGGCUGGGAUGAGUCCACAGCAGAGUUUACCAGAAAAAAGCUGACUGAAAAAGCGGAAGAAUACGCUAAAGAGGCCAGAAAAUGGGCGACUGCGAUGAAGCAGCUGAAUAAGAAAGCAGAGAAGUUGAAACAAGCUGUGGUUCGGACAGACCAAGAGAAGGCAAAGAGGGAUGCCAAGGUGGAAGAGUAUAAGAGGAAGGCAGUAGCUUGCGAACGGCACGCGCGCAGAUCUAUUGCAAAAUAUAAGGAAGUCGUAAGUGAAAUGAAGAAUUUACCACCAGAGCCGAAGGGAAACACCCUGGGUGUGUACGGGGAAGAUGAGGACAUAUCCAAAUUGGAUCAGGAGAUUACACAAACGGUGAGCGCUAAAGUAUCUGGAAAAAAUCCUACAGAACUAAAAAAGAAAUUUGAGGAGCCGCAACCGAAAAAUGUUUCGGACACUCUUCAGAAGGCUUCCGAAUGUAAUAGCCCUGCUACAAUGGAACGUGCUAAAGAUGAGAGUUUGGCCGACCCUGUAGCAGUGGCCAACGUUGUAACGCAUGAUGUCAACUGCGGACAAGCCUACCAGGAAUACUAUCCAUUUCGACCUAGAUUUCCUUUGAGACCUGGCAUGGAUUUCGGCAGACGAGGAUACGUACCGAUGGCCCCUCAAGAGUACGCUCCUAGGCCUGCGGCGCCCUACAUGACUCCAGACCCGUACUUAUGGCCUGGAGGUGUAUUUAUGCCCCUGGAACAUGACACCAAAACACGCGCAGCGAUGAGUGGGGAGGAAUGCUUUGGAAACUGGGGCGCGCCUGCAAUUCGUGAAGACCAGUUUAUCAGAUAUGGCAUUCCCAUCCGGCCUGAGGAACAGUAUGCGAGAAUUCAGAACUACAGGCCCGAUACUCCGUUGUUUCGACCGUAUCGUCCAGGUAUUCCUGAAUUUCCGGAACAAGACCUGCAUUGGCGACAAUACAGACCCGGAGUGUCGGAACCUCAGUUAGGACCUGACAAGCGCACUUAUCCAGAGUUUGCGCGUUCAUACCCAGUGGUGGCUUCUCAUUACCCAUCAAAGUACGGCGACCGUUACGGUGACUAUAUGGACUACUACGGUCCACCUUCACGUAGAUACUCUGGAACUGAAGAAACCGUGCCAAGAGUACGAUCCCGUUCACCAUUGGUUUCAGCAGCGGAAGACCUUACCGAAAGAACUGAUAUUGCUCUGAAACGUGCGAGAGACGCUGUAGAGGCGGCCCGUUUAUUGAAAAACGUAACCAACGAAGCCUACAAAGAACCAAGUUUAUUGGAAAGUGACAGCAGGAAACUAUCUUGGUCCAGUAGUGAGGAGAGCUCGCCAUUGCAUCAACCGAGGCAUAUAAGAAUGAGGGCGGAUCGAAAGCCGACUGACGUGUCGCCUUACAGAGCGGCAGCUACGUCGAAUAAAGGAUAUAUGGGGACAUCGGACAGACGGGAGCAUGACAGUUCGGAUCAGCGGCAGAUGGACAUACUGGAUCGAAGUCAAACUGGAACGUCCCGUCAUAGGCGAGCGGAUUCGUUGGAUGAGGUCCAAAUGUAUACUUCCGGUCGCAGACAGGCAGACAUGUUCGAUCGCAAGCAUGGUCGUAGGCCAUCAGUUACACAAGAUAAGAGGUCAUUGGACACUUCGAGUCGAGAGCCCUCUUACAAGGCUGAUCAUAGGUCAUUUCACAUAACGGAUAAGAAGAUAUCAGGUGCACACCAUCGAGCGCCAACUUGCGACACACACCGUCGGAGACCGUCCGACACACAUGACCGCGAACGGUCUGAGCAAUGGCCCUCUGACGCCUCAGGUCGCAAACCAUUUGAUAAGGUUAAUCGAAGGGUAUCAGACACGUCAGAACGGAAGCCACUGGGUGAGUUCGAUCGGCGAAAAGACGUGCAGUCAGGCAAGAGGGGUCCAGUGGAAGAAAAACCCCUUAGGAGGACUGGCUCAUCGGUGAACAUACCAAAGGCCUUCCUGGAAAAGAUGCGGCUGGCAGAAGAUGAUGAGACUACAAAGACAGCAUCUGAAGAGUCAUUGCUCCGAGACCGGCGACCCAAGUUCAUCAACGUGCCUUCAGAGUCGUCAGCAAAAAGGCCUAAAAUGAAACGGAGAGGAAGCGUGUACGUUAAGGGCCACCUCCUGCCAAUAGAAGACGACGAGUCCGAAAAGUCUGAAAAAGAAAAGGGGGCGGUUAAAAAACAACCAACUUUCGUGGACGUCCCGUCAGAGCCCCGUCCACUGAAGCCGCGUCUGAAAAGAAGGGGGAGCGUUUACGUGAAAGGACACCUUUUGCCAACAUCAGAUGAGGAUGAAUCUGACAAAGACAGUUCAUCACUGAAGCCACCAGUUAUCAUUACAACGACCGACACAUCAGGACAGAAAAAGGUAACAAAAAGUGCUCUUAAGAAGCCCAAAUUGCCGCUAGUAACUCCAAAGCCAGGACACAUCAGCGAAGAGAAAAGACCAAUGAAGCAAUCUGAAGCAUCCCGUAAAAGUGCUGCGCCUAAGACUCAAGCCCCGCAUUCGCCACGUAAGGCGUCGAUUCCAUUUGAAAUUCGAUUCACAGCGACACAGACUUCACGUCAGCACCUGCCGCCACAAAGAAGGUAUUUCAUGAAGGAUCAAGGAACGAGCACAGACGCGUCAACGCCUCUCCGUAGACAAAUAUGCGACAGCCCGUUUUGCACGAAGUGCAAGAAAAAGCUGUCUCCUUAUGGUACACCUUGUUCGUGGUUUCGUUCGCUGUGCUCUCAAUGUUCAGCCAAGCAAGAGGAGGCUAGCAGUGAUACUUCGACGACGGAAAGUAGGCCUGUUAUAUGCAGGCUGAAAGAAUCUGUGAUGGCGGUCGCUGCUUAUAUAAGAGAUGGUCUAGCUGCGCACGCAGGGAAGACAGAACAAACACAGCAGGCAACUUUGGCCUUUGAUGUAACUAAUACAGAAGUCGACCCUUCACGCAAACCCAUGAUUUCACGAGUGGAUGAGGCCGUGACGAAGGAGCGUGAAUCUUCCACUGUAGUCGAAGAUAUUCCACUCAAGACAGAUGCUGAGCUAGAGCUCGGAAAGACUUCAUCGCACGAUGCGUUGGAGAGGUUUAGGUCCUUGGAGACCAAUUUGGUGGGGGAAAUUGCAACAACAAGAUCCGCGGAAGUGAGAGAAGCGAAGCCAGUUGCUACAGAGCAAGCAAGCCCGGUCCCUCUAGUACAGACGAAAUCUAACCAGAAGCGGAAGAAAGGGACUGGUCGCCCUAACGAGACAAUUGCCGAAUCGUCGAAGUUGUCUAGUACGAGCGAGACGGCCAUGAAGACUUUAAAAGAGGGCGUUCAAACAGAAGGGAAAGCUUCUGAAGCGACACAAGAUAAAGCCGCCAUUCAAGAACACAAGGCUGUGAAACCUAAGGAUAGCACUAUUAGACUUGGUGUCGAUGCAUUUGAAAGCACUGUUGACGACGACAUGGAAGAUGAAGUGUCGAAAAUGAGCGAGAUCGGCCGCAAGCUAAGUGACAUUCUAAUAGAGAUAAGUACCGGUAUGAAGGAACGCGAAGCUGAAUCUAAGCCGAGUGAUAACGAGAUUAGACCUAAAACAAGUGAUCUUGAGCUCGGUUCUGGGCCUAGUGAUACUGAAGUACAAUCAGAGCACAGGUUAACAGAAAUGGCAUCACCCCCAAGUAAACGAAGUGAAAGAGCCGACACGUCAGUUCUUCGCUUCAACCCCGAGGUUCAGGUGCAACCUGUUAUUUUAGACGUAGAUGAAGACAUACUUAUCCCAACAUCAGACACGGGACAAGAGAAAGCCGACGAAGAAAAAGCAGACGACGAACAAUUGUUAUCAACAAAAACUGAGCAGAAAGUUGAAACGAACGAGACGAUCGAAAAGUCGCUCUCACACGACUCGUUUUUUAGAUUGGACACUGUUGCGCCGAAGGAAGAAAAAGAGGACGGAGCUCAUAGUGAAGUUCAAACUCUGCCUGAACAACCCAUAGUGAAGCCUGGGGUAAAAUAUCCCAAACGGAGCGAAAGUGCAUCGGCAACUCCGGAGGAACCUGCCGUCGCGAAGGGGCACGAGGGUAUUGGAGGCAUUGAGUUACAUGAAGGAGAUGAAAGCGAAGAAAAACAGGCGACUGUGAUCACCGCAUGCCGAGAAAAGCAGGCCACGGUCUCCCCUGUGACCCCAGAGAGAAGUGUCGGUACUGCGACUUCUACAAGGCAAGGGAUGCUUAAAGGAACACCGCCACCUUUGACAACAGAAGCAGAUGAAAGUGAAGAAAAAGAGGUGACUGUGAUCACCGCAAGCCCAGAAAAGCAGGUCACUGCGUCCCCUGUCACUCCAGAGAGAAGGGCCGGUCCUGCGACUUCUCCAAGGCAAGGGAUCGUUAAAGGAACAUCAUCAGAUUUGACAGCAGCAGCACAAGGACUGGCAAGUCCUAUGACGCCCGGAAUAGAGGAUGAGUUCUUAACUGCUAUGACCCCCGGAGAAGACGAACAACCAGCAAGCCUCGUAACACCAGAAAUGGCAGAAGGUACGGCAACUCUUGUAUUCCCAGCAAAGGUCGAAGCGAGAACCACACCAGAAGGAAGUGAGGAAAAUAUAGUACAACAUGACGAAAAAGUGCAAGAGGAUCAGGAGGAGGUUGCUCACGAAGAAGCAGAGAGAGAAGUUGAGAUUACAAAAGAUGAGUACGACAAAGACAAUUUCUUUGCGGCAACUGAUGAGCGUGCUCAAGUGGAAGAAGUGACUCCAACAGCCGAAGAACCCGCGGGGGAAUUGCCGGAAGAACAAAUCGAGGCACCAGAGGAAGAUCGCUUCCCGUCUGAGGAACACACGGUAACUCAAGAACGUGUAGAAGAACGCGUAUUGGAAGAGGGUCACGAGGGAACGGCAGAAGUCUCAGGCAUAUUGCCUGAAAUUCUAACCGGAACCGGAGCUGAACCGGCUGAGCGUGAAGCGGAGAUUGAAGAAGAACCCAUAGCCGUUUAUCCCGUAGCCUUACAAGACUACGCUUACGAAGGGGAAUUCGAAUCUCCGGUAUCGGAAGCAAGGGAGUACGCUCCACCGGAUCACAUUCACAAACCCGAGCAUGUUAUAUCGAAAGAAUCAGAAGCUUAUGUUCCAGCUCCUCCUCAAAUAUUUCCUCAAAGAGAAGCUGCUCCGCCAAUGCUGCCGCUUGUUAUCGCCUACAAGGAGGACAAGAAGUUUUGGGGAAUCGUAGACAGUGGUGUUACCUACUACCCUGAAAGUGUGGUCCUGUUCAUUGUGGCUGUCAUUAGUGUUGUCUGGAUAGGGUUCGUACUGCUAGCUUCAGGCGUCAGGCACGACUACAUGUCUUGGACAAGGCAUUUCACAGCAGAAACAGCUAGUAGCAUGACGCCUAGUGGAGCCUCACCACCUCCGUCGAAUGAGAGUACAUCGGCCGUCAGUGAGUUUACCAUCCCCUUAUCUAUGUACUUCUGUGACAUCCCGUACUGCCAAAGAGAAGCUAGUUACUUAUCUGGACUGCACUCGGGCGACGCCUGCAGAAAUUUCUAUUCUUAUGUGUGUAACGGUCGUACUAUUGACUGGAUUCCUGACGUUGGCACUGUCGUUUCAACAGACAGCCUGUUAACGGAAUUUCUGGAGUCUUUCAUCAUAGAUUACCUACAAGACACGAGCAACCAGGAUGUUACGCUGGCCAGAAGGUUGUUGACGAGUUGCAUUGACACCAGCGACAUGAGUACGGACAUAAAUGACUUGAAAAAGAUAUUCACUGACUACUUCGCGGGAAGGCAGUGGCCAAUAGAGAAGUCUGCCACCGGCAGCCUGCAAGACAUAUGGGUUGCUGCAGGUCAUCUCAGCAGGGAUUUGGACAUCGAGCCUCUAAUCAAAGUUUCUGCAGAUGUUCACCCAGAGAAAAAGACACGCUACAUCGUUAGCAUCGACGAACCCGAAUUAAUUGUAAGAGCGCCUCAUAUAACUGUUUCCAUAGUCUACAACGUGAUCACUGUAGCUAUCCAAGACAGCGUCGCACUCCUUCAAAGCACCGUUGACACCAACGACGUAUUGGAUGAUGUCUUGCAAGUCAUGUCAUUGCUUUCUUCUCUGGUUGCCAAUACUUCAAUUCGAUACUUAGGGUCGGAAAAUUACCGCAUUGUUUCACUCGGUGAGCUUGGGUCGGACGUCAACACGACCUUAUUGUUCGUGUUUGGAAACGUCAUUAAGUACGAGGACAACACAGAGGUACUGGUGAAAUCGCCCAAGUACUUUGAGAUGAUCAAGAGUAUACCAGCAAAAGGACUCGACCCUAGAGCUGUCUUGAACUACUUCGGCUUUCACAUCAUGGUCUACUUUGCGUCCCUAUUCCCAGCUCUGUCAAAGCUGUCACCGCUCAACACUAUGGCAUACGGACGUUCGCUACAGCUAUCGACUGAUCCAGUUUCUGCGUGCUCUAAAGUGGUGGAACGCCUAUUCCCUGCAGUGUACCUUCGCAUUGCUGCACUUCGAAGCCAACGCAUCGGCUUCGCAACCUUUAGCCGAAUGUGGGCCUCUAACGUCGAGAUAAAGUUUACUGAAGGUCUCAAAAGACUAUCCUGGGCGCAGAAUCCUAAUUUACGUAUGACUGAUUCGAGUGAUACCUAUUUCGCUCGGCACAAGUUGCAAAAGGCCACAUUUCAGCACUUCUAUCCGUCCUGGGUGCUGGACAACGCGACUUUCCAAGACUACAUGCAAUACGUAGAAAACGGAAUAACUGGUCACGACACAAGCAGUACAAUCAACCUGCAUCGUGCGUUGUCCAUGGCUAUUCGAUCCGACAAGACGCAUGAAAUAGUCCACGGGCGACCUCGUAACUAUUACGUUUCGACGUCAAUCUUCGACACGCUAGCGAGUUACGAUGCGCAACACAAUAUGGUCUCCAUCCCAGUAUCUAUCAUGAACGAUUCCAUACCCUGGAACGGAUCGAUGUUUGCGCUGCACAUAGCACGUUUCGGAGUGCGAAUCUACAAAGGGCUUCUGCCCUUGCUGUAUAACGAUUACGUGUACGGCGGAACUUCGGAUGAAGAAAACGUAUUCUUCAGUGAAAGGUACGAAGCAGAACUUCGGCGGAUGACCAAUUGUCUGCUGCAAGCAUAUCAAGACGCACCAGAAAUGCUGAAAAGUGACUACAUGAGAAACUUGGUGGAAUCGGAGGCCGCUGUGUUUUCACUUCUUGAACAGACAGUGGCUCUGAUGCAGGCCUUCUGGGCCUUUCAGGAACUGCUGAGCAUCCGGCGCAUCUGGAACUCUGACUUUCGGUUGUCCAAUGUACCAGAGAUGAGCGCGGACCAACUGUUCUUCGUCUACUAUGCUCUCGACAACUGCGAAGCAAGCGACACGAUUUAUCACAAACGCAUGUUCGAGACUCGGUUGCAGCUCCCAGCUGAGGACCGGGUCAACUUCCCUCUCACUCAGAUGGCGGAAUUCAAGGCGGCCUUCGGAUGUCAGGGAAAGUCCGCCAUGGGAUCUACCUCGCCGUGCUCAGUGGUUCAAUAAUACAUAAUAUAAGUUGUGCAAUUAUAUUUACUGUUUCGAUAAAUUAUAUGCGUAUCACUGUC